AUGAUUUCCUCCGCGGUUGUCCGAACAGCCCAAGAGGAGAUGGUUCUCCGCAACAAGGGGGAACGUUGCGACCCAAGGAAGAGGAAGGCGCAAGGGGGUGCGGUCCGCGUGGAGUUGGCGGAUCGCUGUUGCCAGAAUGACUACGUAAAGGACGCCUGUCGGAAGGAUGACUCCAUGAAGGAUAUCACUGAGUACCAGAUGAAGGAAUUGACCAAGUUGAUGGAAAAAUAUGACGUCCGAAAAAACUUCGCCUGUUUCGGAGGUGCCUUUAGCAGAUUCGCAAACGAAACCUACACAUUUACACACAGACAAUUCAAACCACAUCUAGGAAUACACAUGAAUACUUACCUAUUCAAUGACUUUAUCUUUAUGAAGAACUACAUAAAAAUUAUUAAAUUCUCCAGAUGGCAUAUUCUUGUAUAUCUCUCAGAUAAUAAAUUAUAUGUCUACAAACACAGUCGUUACUUGUGGCAUUUGGACCAUUUCAAUGAAUGGAAACCUUUGCCUAUUCCGACUGCCAAUGAAAUAAAAGACAUACAAUUUGUUUCCUGUAAUUACAAAGGAGACAUUCACUUUGAUGAUCCAAAGGGAUCAAAUGAAAAUCCUAAAAAUGAUGAGUACAAGUUUUGUUCUUCCACACACCAACAUGAGACCAUCGACCCGAUUCAUUUUUUUGGAAUUAGCUUAGUGGAUAGCAUGGACAACUUAUACUUAGGGCUCAACACAAAUAUUAAUUCUAGUAGGAUCAAUAUUAAGCAGAUGAAGAUGAUUGUUCCUUCAUCUUUUCAGAAGCGGAAGUUGAGAAUAAGGACCAUUUUAGUUAGUCUACCUGAGCUCACUGAAUACGACCUACGCUCUUGUACCCUCUAUUUGAAGUACGCAUCUAUAUUCGAACUCUCCUAUACACGUGCUCAUAACGGCACUGGUCGAAAAAGAUUCAACUUCUCCAAGCAGAGGAUAAUCAACACGGACGGAGCAUCUAUGGUUAACCAUUCCGGGGAAGGAAAUACAUUGCAUGCGGAAAACACACAAGGGGAAAUUAACACAAAUCAGAGAUUCAAUGUGGAGAACAGAAAAGGGUCGGGAAAAAAAGAAAGAACAUUGCAAAGGGGUAGAGGUUACCAAAUGGUAAGAUCUUCACCAAUGAGGGAAAACAAAACACGUGGUUCCUUAAGCAAAACCUCCUCCCGUGGAAUCAAACUCACCGGAAGUGUGCAUAACCAAAAGGAAGAAUCCGCCGCGCAUUCGUUGGACUCUGUGGUGGGUGAAAUACAAAGGGGAGAAGACCAUAAUGAUAAUGUGACUCUACAACAUGCGAAAAAGAAAAGGAGAAUUAACCAUGCAGAGGAGGGUACUCUUCCUGGCCAGGUGACUACCAAUUUCUCCAGCUUAGGGAGAGGGGCAAAAAAUGGCACGAUUAACCCGUCCAACAUGGAUGAUUCACAAAAUGCAGACACCUCUGAGCGAGCUACCAAAAAGAAGCAUCAUUUCAUUUUCAUAAAAACGUCCAACAAUUUGAAGUUCAAAAAGAAGCUGAUACGUUCCAAACCUAAGGUGCUGUUAAGCGGCACGUCGUGCGCACAUGGGUGUGUAUUGUUUGAAAAUAAGGAAAUUUAUUUUUGGAUUUUCGGGAAGGGGGAAUCACCUGUAGCAGAUUCGAUGAAUGCAGAUGAGGUGGACAUGCCGAACGAAUGUGCUGCAUCCAAGGGAAGACAAAUUAAACGAUUCAUUUUCAAAAAAUUGGAGUACCCCAAGGUGAAUAUUAUCGACGUAGUCUACUGCAACAACACGUACAUUAUGCUAUCGGAGGAUAAUAUCCUAUUCAUUUUAAAGUUCCCCUAUUUGCACACCCUGAGAGCGGUGAAUUUUUUUUUCUACCUGAACAACUACCUACCGAAGGGAGUGAAACCUCAACGCAAAAGUGCUGUCCUAACUCUGGAGAAAAUUAGACACUCCAAUUUACUCAAAAUGUACCUUACAGAUUACAUAUUGGUGACUAUCCACAGCAACAAGGAUAUUUGCUUCACCCCCUUUUUGUUUCACAGUGUUUAUAGCUAUAUAGACUCCCAGUAUAUUGACGUCCUUUCGACGAAGUAUGAGCAGCAGGUAACCGAACUGAUAAAGGAUCUGGGCAAGUUCUGCACACGCGGUUUAGAAAAUCAAUUUUCGCACGAGGAAAAAAUCAUGUACCCAAAUUUGAUAAAGUACAAAAUGAUUCGCACCUGUGCCCAAAAUAAAAACUGCUUCACUAUUUACGUAAGCCCGAAUUCGCUAAUCGUGUGUAUAUAUAAUUUGUUCGAGUACUAUGAAGUACUAGACACGUCCAUAUCGAAUUUUUUGAGUAAGUAUUACAUUAUGUAG